AGAAAAGGACUCUGUGCAUUUUCUUGAAUCUACUUACUCACCGUUUAUUUUUUUGUAAGUUACUUCACUAAACUCUGCACUUUAGACUGGUUUUCCGUUUUUUAGUAAUAAUGACAUGCUGGGCCAGGGCUAAUAACAUCCACAAAUACAAGGCUUCUGAAGCAACACCAUGGGAUCAGCUGCAGAAGAACAGUGGGAGUGGAGAGAACAAGCAGGGCUCUUCCAGGCUCAGCCCACAGCGGAACAGCAAGGCACGAGCCUCCAAGAGCCUCUCUGUGCGGAGGAGCGAGCAGUUCACUACCAUAGGGAAGGCAAACCGCAAGAAGAAAGACUAUGACAACGAAGAUGUGAACGGGUUCAUGGAUUACCUGAAACAGACUGGGCAGUCCCUCCCAAGGGGAUGCGCCAGGCCAGGCGCAGACAGCACAGGGUUUGACGAGGACUUGGCUGUGGCACUGAAGAAGGACCACAGACGAGAGGACAGGAGGCUGAAGAGGCAGACGAACAAAAAGAGCAACGUGGUGUGCUUCAAGUGCAGAAAGCCUGGCCAUGGACUGGCUGACUGUCCCGAGGCUGACAGAGAUGAGGAGAUGGGCAGGGGGAUUUGUUACCGCUGUGGUUCUACGGAGCACGAGAUAAACGGAUGCAGAGCAAAAUUGGACCCGGCUUUUGGAGGCUGCUGUAGAGUGUGUGGGUCUGUGGAACAUUUUCAGAAGGAUUGUCCAGAGCACCAGAAUGCAGGUAGACUUUAUUAGUAGUUGCUAUUAAAUAGUAAGUAGUCAUACUGCAAUACUUAAAUAGUGUGUGUUUUUACUUUCUGAGAUUUUCUUUGUUAACAUGCUUUGGCAGGAGCUGUUCUCCUGUCCUAGUUCCCUGCUGCAGACAUGUACCCCAGGCUAGAUCAGCAGAAGUGUCUGUAGAAGAGCUAGUGUUAAGUAGUGAGCAAUAUUUAAGAUCAGGUCUCUGUUUGUGUUGCUGGCAAUACAGAGCUGUGCAUUACAUGAUGCUGACUCUUGUAUAAAGACAUUCUGGCAGGCAAGUGGAACAGAAGUGCAGCUCCUGACCUCAGGUCAAGCUCCGGAACACUCUGAGAGUAAGUCAUUGCAAUAAGAACCACUCCAAAUGAAUACAAACAUCUUAAAAGGCCAGGGGACAGUAGAAAAAAAAAAUUGAAAAUGUAAUCUAAAGCUACUAAAAUAUGAAUGUCAUAAGGUUCUGUUUCAUUAUAUGACUUGUAUUCAUAAGUAAUCCUAUUUCACAAAAACAAGGGAUUAUGAAACUAGUAAGCCCCUGGCAUGUUUUGAGUAGCUGAUCACGAAGACGUUCCUGUGCUGGUAAAGAAAGCAAAGCCCAAAGCACUCAAAGUUGUUACCUUCUGAGGGAGGUGUUACUGAUUCCACGAUGUGCUCUUUAUUUUAUUGGUGGUUUGAAGUAAAACUAUCUUUGGACUUUUUCAAAUACAUGUAUGAUUUUUUAAUUUUAUUUUUAGAAUGUCAGUAAUACGUUUUCGUUGGUGUUGGAGAAACACGCUGCUGAUCCGCUUAGGAAAAGCUACAACUUCAAGGGUGUAUUAGCAUUCAGCUUGUGAGCCAAAGGGGGGAGAUUAUAAAGGUUAUACAGUGAUAACCAAUAUCAAUAAUUGAAACUUGUCCAGGAAAAAAUAACUCGAAUCCCAGUAUGGAAUGUUAAUCAAGUUGUUUUUUUUAAUUUAUUUUUCUUAGACUCCUCUCUGUUAUGGAAUUAACAAAGAAUACACAAUCAGGAAUCCAUAAAUUGUGGCUUUUUUCAAAUGUAUAUUAGAAUGUAUCAGUUAAUCCUUUAUUAUAGUGAAUUACCUGAAUUAAGUGAAUAAGUUAUAAUAUCAAUAUAUGUGUAUUCACAGUUAGUAAACCUGCAUCCUCCAAGAACAAAGGGUUGACACAUGGUUUUUUCAAGCAUGUUGAUUAUGCAGUAUAAACAGGUACAGUUGAAUGUUGCAUACAUUCUCGCCAGUAAAUACAAUAAAGAACGUGUAUUCAAA